ACGUACCAACUCUUAUUCUUUCACUAAUGGAAAACCAAUAUGAUGUACCUUCUCCUGUUUACACCAUAUUUCCCUCGGUAAAUACUUCCCCUAUUCAAUUACAAUCGAUGAUUCAUUCCGACACGAUAAUAUCUUCGAAUCCUUGCACGGGAGGCUUUAUGUUACCUAGCCCAAAACCUAAUGGUGUUAAACAACUUAAUGCAUGCAUUCCGUUUCAAAACACUCAACAACAAUUACUGAUACAGCAACAAGGCGCCGCUGCGUCCUUAUAUUUGCCUUUAUCUAUAAAUAUAUCGAAUCAACAAUUUUCUUCGUCUAUUUAUCCGCUGAACGGGUUCAAAGUUGAGUGUUCUAAUCUUAAUGAUUCAAUGGCUGUCACACAAGAAGAUGCUAUCGACUCCAAAGUUCAUUUUGUAUCAACUACCAAUCCUUAUGAUAGUAGCUAUCCGCCGACGCCAACUACUCCUCGUAAUGAAUCUUUUUUUCCGAUGACUCCUCCGAUUGAAACAAAUCCUGCUAUUUAUUAUGAUCGGGGCCAAUACUUCCUCCAUUUUGCAAAACCUCGUGAUCCAUUUCAAGCGUUUAAAAAUUUCGUGAUUGCCACGAAUUUAGGUUCACUGCGUGCAAAACACCAAGUUGCUUAUUGCUUGCAACAUGGUAUUGGUGUGGAAAAAGAUGAAAAAAAAGCCGUUGAAAUCUAUUUAGAAACUGCCAAUUCUGAUCCUCCAAUUGCUGCUAGUUUAUGUCAAUUAGGAAUCUGUUUUCAGAUGGGCAUUGGCGUUGAAGUAGACCCUUCGCGUGCUGUUAAAUAUUAUGAACGCGCUGUCCAUAACGGAAAUCUGGACGCAAUGUUCAACCUUGCUUACUGUCUUCGUCGUGGCAUUGGCACGCCUGUUGAUUGUCAGCAUGCCUAUAAUCUUUACCUACGUCUUGCGGAGUUAGGUGACCCGCAAGGUAUGAAAUUUGCCGGAAAUUGUUAUUCCGCUGGAAUAGGUACUCCCAAAAAUGACGCUGAAGCUUUCAAGUGGUUUCUUCGGUCAAGUGAGUGUGAUCACUAUUGGGGCGGUAAAAUGGAAUACGCGUUAUUACUUUACGAAAGUGCUAUGUCUGCUAUUGAACUUGGCCAUGUUGCUCUCGACUUUGCUGCCCCGAACUUUUGUGAAGCUUUCCACUUGAUACGCGAAGUAUGCGAAAAUUUCCCCUCUUGUCCUGGUCCUAAUAAAUUAAUGCUGGGUAAAUUUUAUCAUUUUGGCAUCGGAUGCCAAAAAGAUUUUCAAAAAGCUUUACAAUGGUACCAAAAGGCUUUAAAAAGUCACUUCAUGACUACCCAGUCUUUAAGAGACUGCGAGUCAUUAAUCAGUGACAUCCAUCAAAGCUUUUCAUUAUCGACAGCCAUUAAAAAUGAAAUAUUAAUAGGAGG